AUGCUUGACGUAGUUGACUCGAUUAUGAAUGACUGCUGGAAACUUUUAGGAGCUGGAAGCCACCACGAGCUAAUUGCAUGUCCGGAUGCUACCGCGAUUUAUAAUGAGAUGAAUGAGGAUUGGAAAUUCAUAGUCCCACAAAUUCCCUGUUGCUGCAAAAACCACGAUAUGUACAAAACAAUAUGGAAGGAAAAAGCCCAACCAAGAAUCAAUUCAAUGAGUGAUGUUAUUUUGGAAUCGAUGGAGAAAUUUCUAAAGCAUUACCAACCUGAGAAGUAUUCUAAGGAACUGUCAGCAAUUCUCAUAUGGCUCGGAUUGGUAAUGAAAAGAGUUGCACAUUUUGCUGAGCAAGAAUCGAUUCACCUGCCACCCCUCUACUCAGUUAAUCCAACUAACGAAACAAAAUUAGUGAUUCGAGCAUUCUCGGUCGGAAACAAUCUUUUCGUGAUGGCACAUGAGUUGCUCAAAACUCUAAAAGAUCGGAACAAAGAUGUAUCGGGAUUCGAGGAGGAGGUACUUCGUAUGCCCAGACUGUCGACAUUAUCCUACAGAGAAGUACUUCAAAAAAUCGAUAGAAACGUGCUAAAGAAUCUGGAGUUUGUCAAGAUGAAACGAAUAAUGUUAAUGUUCGCCCAGACACCGAUUCCCACUUAUGACGGAGCCUAUUGCAUCUUUGCGUCGGAGGUCCUUUAUGAACUUCUUGUGGAUAUGAUUGUAGCAAAGAAGGUGUUUCAUACGAUUGGAGAAGAAAGUUGGACUCACAUCAAGAAGUUUUUCAAAUCAACAAAAUGUUAUUUCGAUGAGAGCAGAGGAGUCUAG